UCAUGUUGUCCCAUUGACGGGUCUUUCUGCUCGACUCCACAAAUUGCCAGAGAUUAUUUGAUCUAACAGCUAUGUCUCAACAGUGGUUAAGAAGACCGUGGGUAUCAUUUUUGGUCUUUGUUGUAGCAAUGGUCAUCAUCUUUACAAUAAAGGAGGCCUGUAAAUCUGCUGCUGUAGCUGGGGCUAAAACUGGGGAGAACAGUGUGCUUCCACUGGAUAUGGCUGAAAACUCUGUUGACGACAUGUACGAUGGGUGCAAAGAAGACAUGAAGAAGAGGGUAACAAAAGACCUGGAGAAUGAGAAGAACAAAGACAACAACUUCAAGGCGGUCUGGGACAGGUCAGAGAACACACACACACCAUUGGGGGAAUGGUUUAAUAAAGUACUGAAAAGAAAACAGAUUGUAGCUAUUCGUACUUACACUGACGAAACCGAUGUGUAUAGUAAAUUCAAUGCUGCAGUUCGAACCCAAGGACUUGGGUACAAGACCACAUUCGGGUAUCACGCACUUCACUUUCUCCUGACUACUGCCAUUCAAGAUAUAAGUGCCUCUGAUAAAAAACAAUGUCUCACUGUCUACCGUAGAGUCAACGAGUACUUUCGCCAAGAUGUUGAAAACACAUUGAUUCGUUUUGGCUCUUUCACCUCAGCCUCACAGGGUGGUUACAGCAAUAAAGACAUUUUCGGAGAGAAGUCAUGCUUUGAGAUUGUCACGUGCAUGGGAGCAGAUAUCUCCCCCUAUUCUACAUUUCCGAACGAAGCAGAAGUGCUGAUUCCUCCCUAUGAGGUCUUUAAUGUCGUAGAGAUAAAGAAGAGGUCAACUAUGCAGCGAAAACUUCCGUGUGAGGUGGUCUAUACAUUGGAGAGUACAAAGAAUUAUGUUUCCAAGUUAAAUUGUGCUCUUUUCACUGCAAAUGAUCUUUAAUCAAGAUUAAUGUGAAUGUGGAUUUAUUUGUUAACAAUGACAUUUCUCGAUAAUCUCAAAUUGAGGUGUAGAUUUUCUACUGUGCAACAAGUGUUUAAGAGAAAUAAACACUAGC